AUGAGUAAGCUAAUUGAUCCUAUUCAGGUGGCAGAAAGUGGACAAAAUGUUCCCUUUAACAAGUACACAUAUUUCACAGAAAAACGACACAAUCCCACUUCUUUUACACAGAAUCAGGAGGAGAAUUCUGUACAAGACUGGCGAAUGCGUGAAAGACUUAAAACAGUCUCUGGCGCACUAGUCUUAUGUUUAAAUAUCGGUGUUGACCCACCUGAUGUGGUGAAGCCAAGUCCCUGUGCAAAGUUAGAAUGUUGGAUUGAUCCGUUCUCUUUACCGUCACAAAAGGCGUUAGAUGCAAUUGGUAAAAGUUUGCAGCAACAAUACGAGCAGCUUAGCAUUAGAACCAGAUAUAAACAGUAUUUGGAUCCGUCAGUGGAUGAAAUCAAAAAGUUUUGUACAACUUUGAGAAAGAACGCAAAAGAAGAAAGAGUGCUGUUCCAUUACAAUGGUCAUGGUGUGCCGAAACCUACAGGGAGCGGAGAAAUCUGGUGCUUCAAUAAACACUUUACUCAAUACAUUCCGGUUUCUAUGGGUGAUAUACAACAGUGGCUUGGGUCCCCUUCAAUAUAUGUGUAUGACUGUUCAGCUGCUGGAAACAUACUUAAUAAUUUCAACAGAUUUGCGGAGCAAAGGUAUUUAGAAGCUGCUAGAGCUUCCCAAGAUCCGAUUAAUUUACCACAAUCGCCGGUUAAUAUUCAACUUGCAGCUUGUGGCGCACAUGAAACACUUCCAAUGCAUCCAGAUCUUCCAGCAGAUUUGUUUACAUCGUGUCUAACCUCGCCUAUUGAAAUAGCAUUAAGAUGGUUUGUAUUACAAAAUCCGUUACCAUCGGAUAUAACUGUUGAUAUGGUGAUGAAACUGCCAGGUAGAUUGCAGGAUAGACGAACUCCGUUGGGUGAAUUAAAUUGGAUAUUUACUGCUAUAACAGAUACUAUUGCAUGGAAUGUUUUACGGCCAGACCUAUUUAAACAACUUUUCAGGCAGGAUUUGAUGGUUGCAGCUCUUUUCCGGAAUUUUCUUUUAGCCGAACGUAUAAUGAGACGCUAUCAAUGUAACCCAAUGUCAUUUCCACAGUUACCUCCCACGCAUGAUCACCCAAUGUGGGACUCGUGGGAUCUUGCUGUGGAUAUGUGUUUAUCACAAUUGCCAGUUCUCCUCUCUGAUAAUGAAUAUGAAUAUAAACAUUCUAGCUUUUUUGAUGAACAAUUAACUGCUUUUCAAGUAUGGCUUGUAAAAGGUGCUGUGACUCAGAGACCACCAGAACAAUUGCCAAUUGUAUUACAAGUACUUCUGAGUCAAGUGCAUAGAUCUCGAGCAUUAGGAUUGCUCAGUAAGUUUUUAGAUUUAGGACCUUGGGCUGUUAAUUUAGCUCUUUCGAUUGGCAUAUUUCCAUAUGUUUUAAAAUUAUUACAAAGUCCUGCAGCAGAUUUAAAACCUCCAUUGGUAUUUAUAUGGGCUCGAAUAUUAGCCGUUGACAGAUCAUGCCAACAAGAUCUUUUAAAGGACAAUGGGUACAAUUAUUUCGUCAAUAUUUUAGCUCCAAAUAGCGUUCUAAAUAUACCCAAUGAAGCAGAGCACAGAGCUAUGUGUGCCUUUAUUUUGGCAAUAUUCUGUACGAAUUUUAAUCAAGGACAAAUAGCCUCACAUAAAGCUAAAGUUUUGCUAGCAUGUUUAUCACGAGUUGGAGACGUCGAUGCACUUUUGCGGCAAUGGGCUUGUCUCUGUAUUGGACAAUAUUGGAAAAAUUAUGCUGAUGCAAAGAGUGAAGGCAAAGAAAAUCAAGCUCAUAUGAAACUUUUUCCAUUAAUAACUGAUCCUGUCCCUGAAGUCAGAGCUGCUGCCUUAUAUGCUUUAGGUUCAUUUAUUGGAGAUUUGGAACGGACAGAACAAAUAAUGAAUAUUGAGCAUAAUAUUGCAAUUAACGCACUCACUGCUAAUAAUGAUGGAUCUCCAAUAGUUCGAAAAGAAUUAGUGAUUGCACUUUCCCAAAUAGUAAAUUCUUACACAGAAAACUUUGUCAAGGCAGCCAAAGAUGAAGCACAGGAAGCCUUUAAUCGAACUAGCGGCCAAACCUCAAGAGAAAUUCCUCCAAGCAAUGUUUAUACAUGCAUUUGGAAAGCUCUUUUGAAUUUAUGUGCAGACUCUGAUCCGGAUGUGUCUCAACUCGCUUUUGUCGUAGUGGAUAGUAUAAUUGAACAAUUGAGGAAUGAAUCGAUUAUUGAAUCACUUGUUCGUAAUAUGCGACAAGUUAAUCAACAACAAAUAAAACAGGAUAGUGAGUAUGCAAGAAUGUAUCUAGAUCGUUCUGCAACGCCCGAGAGUCGAGCGUCUGCCUUACCUCUUAAAUCGAAAUUCUUUGAUUGGAGUUGUGAAUAUUUCCGCGAACCACAAAUGAGGCGUAAUUGGCGUCGGAAGAGAAAUGAAUCUAUUAUCAAAGAAACCAGAGCUCUUAAAGAAGUUGCAGGUUCAAGUCGAUGGAAUAAACAAAUUGCACUGUUUAAUAAUGAAUCCGAGCCAACCAAACUACUAUUUCACCCAUUUGAACCGCAUCUUAUUGUAGCGAAUGAUAAGGAUACGAUAAGUGUAUGGAAUUGGCAAGAUCAUUAUCGUAUUAAUUCUUUUGCUAAUGGAAAUCCGGCUCAGAGUAGAAUAACAACAAUGAAACUCAUCAACGAAGAGCUAAAUUCCAUGUUACUUACCGGAUCAAGUGAUGGCGUAAUUCGUAUUUAUCGUAAUUAUGAGAGUCCAACAUCAACUGAAUUAGUAACAUCAUGGAGAGGUUUAUCUGAUUUAAUGCCUAAUUCUAUAAGAUUUGGUCUCGUGGCUGAAUGGCAACAGCAAAGAGGUACAUUGCUGAUUGGAGGCGAUGUAAAGAGUAUAAGAAUAUGGGAUGCCGCACGGGAGAUAAAACUAAGUGAAAUACCGACACGAACUGGAAGCUCUAUUUCGAGUCUUACAAGUGAUGGUGGUGAUUUAUUCGUUGCCGGAUUCGCAGAUGGAGCUCUACGUGUAUAUGACCGUCGUAUCCCUCCAAUGGAUGCUAUGGUGAUGGUUUGUAAAGAAGACAAAUGCACCAUAAUAAAUACGGUUUGGCAACGUGGCGCACUGCACGAAUUAGUUACCGGGUGCAAAUCGGGAGAGAUCAAAAUAUGGGAUCUUCGCGAAAAGAAACCAAAACUAAUUAUACCGAAUGGAGUAUCAACAAGUAAUAACGUCAAAGAAAUGACAUGUAUGGAUGUUCAUCAUUAUUCAAACGUACUUGCAAGCGCAUACAAUAAUCAACUCAUAAAAGUUUGGAACACGUCAGGCGCAACAUUAACAUCUACACGAUAUAGUACUGGCUUUCUGGGAUGGGGAGCACAAGUUACUACGAUGGCUCUAGCUGGCCAUCAUAUGGUAAUGGCAGUUGGUGCAACAGACAAUUAUUUAUCAUUAUAUGGAAUAUAA